GCCGGGGCGGCGAGAUCGUGCCGAUUGGCGCCCACCGUGCCCCGCAACGGACAAGUCCCUCCAGAACACCCGCCGCGGAACCGGAACACGCCUUCCGGCGCCGUUCGUGCGAACAGGACAUGGCCAAUCAAGAAAUCGCGCGUCGCAUCCACCUCUCUACCGAAGUCGCCCAUGACGGUGCAACUGGCUAUCCACCUGGAUUUGACUGCACCGACGAGCUCAUCGGCUACGUCCAAUUGCUCCAAGGAUGUUGCUGCAGCUACUACGAGGUGAACGAAAGCAACGACUUGGGCAGGGCUUACAGCGAAGCGUUCACCAGGCUAAACGCUCGUAGUAUCAAAGAGGUAGCGAACGGUGUCCUCGCUGGAAACGCAGAAGACGUGGUUGAAUUUGGGAUGCGGUUCUGCACAGGCUCCGGAGGAGCGGAGAAAAACGUCGCAACUGCACUCUCUGCAUGGGAGCAUAUCGUCAGCCCUAGCUCGGACAUGCCGCCCCUCUCGCAGCCGCCCAGCCGACGCGUCCUCGCAAUCGCCUACGCCCUCCAAGCCAAAGUCUACGACGAUCGCGCAUUUGUGGACAUAACGAGAGGCCGGCUCCAGAUCAGCGACCUGCUCCGCGCGGCCAAGGCAGCCAACGCCGGCGCUGCACUCGGACUCGUCGCGCCCAUCGUUCUGCGCGUCGCCGAAUACGUGGCGACCGGUCCCGUUCCGUUCAGGGAGCUCCCGGAGUUCGUGGGUCUCGAGGAUAUGUGGCGCGCGUGGGACCGGAGGGUUGAGGAGAUGGCAAGGGAGCAGCUUGUGCGCGACCGCAAGGUUGCGAGGGCGCCGAAUGCGUAUCGUUGCGCCAUGAAGGGCUGUGGGAUCGAGGGAACGAAGAAAGCCGCGCUCAUGAGGUGCGCCGGGAAGUGUGAGGGCGCGUACAAGCCUCACUACUGCAGUAAAGAGUGUCAAAAGAAGGAUUGGAAGCAGCACAAACCGAACUGCAAGCCAGGCGUCCCGAGCCGGGCAGGCAGUCCCUUUGAAGACGUCACUACUCGACAGGACAAUGAUGCGUCCCCUGGGCGCGAUCCCUGGGAUGAGCAUCCCUUGCCGCAGAACCCGGGAAGAGAACGCGUCAUCACGGUGCCUGCACCCGGGCGACCAGGCCAAUCCUUCGAGAUAGCGUCUUCUACUAUGUCGUCCGAGAUGCUGAAGGAAGUAAGGGACGAGAUUGAGAAGCUUUCCUUGGACAUGGGUAAAUUUUGACGCUAUGAUUUGCUUGUUAUUGAUCCCCGUAAAGGCUCUGCCUGGUAUGGAGAACGAUACCCUGGGAAGUUGUUGUUGACCAACGUAGUUUUUUGAUACUGAAUUUGUAGCCUCUUGAUGCUGUACUUACGUCGCCAUGUCAGCUAGGCCCGAUCCGGGACCGGUGAAGGACGUGCUCCUUGCGAUCCCUGAAUGUAAUGUGAGCUCUCGGCACUAA